AUGCGAGUCUCCUCUAGUUCAACUAACUCAACCAACUCUACAACACGCUCACCUUCACCCUCACCUUUUUCUUCUGCCUUAUUACAACAAUUAUCUCGUUCGAAUACAUUUGCAACCUUGAUUCAAUCACUGAGUAACAACUCGUCCAGUAGGAGUGACGGGCUGGACGAGUUAUUAAAUGCACGGAUACUGCAGCAUGCAGCUACCACAAGCAGACCAAAUAGUAGGGCCGGUUCUUUGUCUUUACAUAGAAGAAGUUCAGUACGGGAUCAUAGAGCGAUGAAAAGGAAAUGGAGGAGCACGCAUGGCACUACUGGAGAGUUUGCAUUAGGGUUUGACAUCGUGCAUUGUGACGGUGGUAAUUUCAGUUCAACUUAUGAUGUAGAAAACAUAUUAAAAAAUGAUAAUAAUGUCUACUGUUCAAAGAAGAGUAGCAACGUUAAUAUCUUACUCGGAUUUAGUGAUCCUAUCCUAGGAGCUAUGGAAUCAGCAUUCGUACUUUCAAAAAUCAUCAUAAAAGCUCCUACACAUGGUUUUACUGCUCCAUGUAAAGAGGGGUUGAUUUUUGUCUCUCAUGAACCUAUGUCUCUUGAAGCCACCUCAAAAUAUGAUGACUUUACUGAAGCGGAUUACCAGGCAUUAUUGGAAAGCAACGAAAAUGGCAGUAUAGAUGAUUCUUGGCCUGCAGCGUAUUUCCGAUUAGACACUAUUACAAAUAUGACAACUCAAGUCUUGCAACCUAAUCGAUCAGGUAAAUUCAUAUUAGUGAAGUUACUUCGGGCAGAAGGUGAUGCAGACAAUAUUGAUCUCCAAUAUCUAGGUUUAAUUGGAUUCACCGGACCGAGAUCAUUUGAUGCUGGUUCGUUGAGAUAG